GAAUUUUGUUUCGGAAGCUUUGUGGAAAUGUCGAUGGGAAGCGACACGACGUGGGUGGGGAAGAAGCCGAUUAGGCGCAUCGGCGGAAUGUCGGAUGCUCUAUCCAUCGCCUCCGAUCUCGGCUUCACCGUCGCUCCUCCGCCGUCUCAGGAAGAACUACAAGAGUUGACAUCUUCAACUGGUGAGAAAGGUGAUGAUUUAAUAAGGGUCCUGCGCGAGUUGUCUGCUGUUCAAAGAAAAAUUGCAGACUUGCAGGUCGAGCUUCAAGGGCGAAAGGACGAUAAAAAUGUUGCACAUCUGACACAUGUGAGUGAAAUGCAAAAGAAAAUCGAGACUCUGGAAAGGAUCACUCAAAUAUUGAAAGAUGUCAUACAGAACAAGGACCGCAUCAUUGCCCGUCUCCAACAGCCUUACUCACUAGAUUGCAUCCCUGUCGAAGCUGAAUACCAGAAACAAUUUUCCGAGUUGCUAAUGAAGGCAGCUAGUGAUUAUGGUGCCUUGACAGCGUCAGUGUCAGAUUUCCAGUGGAGUCAAAACUUUAAGGAGCCUCCUUCAGUCUGGGGGGAAAUGCUGCGUCCAAUCCCUGUCGCUCUGUCAUCAUGCACGAGAUUCUUCGAGGCAAUGUCGGCCAUGAGAGAGUCAUUCGCAACCCUUCAGAACCUCCGAGCUGGGAAAAAAGAGUAGUGCCUAAACAGGUAAGUCACUUCAAAUCCUACUGUAUAAGAAUAACGUCCUCAAAUUUCUUGUACCAGUUUCUGUGUGUUGUGUUCUCUCGCUGUCUAGUUUGAGGAGAAUAAAACCGCCAUAGAAUCCACUUGCGCCAGCUCUUGUGUACAUACAUCCUAUAGAAAUGAGUUGGGGGUUCAUGUUAUGUUUUA